GCAGCGCGAGGCGCUCUCGGAGCUGCGUGGCCAUGGACGUGUGCGCCGACGAGUUCGAGCAGAGCCUCCCCCUGCUACAGGAGCUCGUCCUGGGCGCGGACUUCGUGGGUCUGGACAUAGAGUUCACUGGCCUUCGGUCUAACCUGUCUGGGCCCCAGCAGAUCAGUCUUUUUGAUUUGCCAUCAGAGUGGUAUCUCAAGACCCGUCAGAGUGUCCAGCAGUUUACAAUCUGUCAGAUCGGCUUGUCUGUGUUCUCCAGUGUCGAAGGAGAGUCCGACAAGUAUGAAGCCCAUUCCUGUAACUUCUUUCUCUUCCCUACGACGUUUGGGGUUUUGGAUUCAGAAUUCUCUUUCCAGGCCUCUAGUGUUCAGUUUUUGAAUCAGUAUGGCUUCAAUUAUAACAAGUUUCUCAAAAAUGGAAUCCCAUACAUGAAUGAAGAACAGGAGAAGAAAAUCAAACACAACCUCCUGACCGGGAGCUGGAAAGUUCGCAGCUCUCUAGAUAAAGACCAAAUCAAGGCGGUGAUCGAUGAAGUGACACGGUGGCUGGACCAGGCCGAGGAAGGCGACUGGAUGACCCUUCCUGGUAUCACCGGGUUCCAGGCCUUUGAGGUCCAGCUGGUGCUGAGGCAGGCUCUCCCCAAUGUCUGGACGGUGCUGAAAGAUCGGGGGGUGAUAGUGAAGAAAGUGAGUAAACAGCAUCGCUGGUACCUCGAGAACACCUCUUGUGACCGAGAGAGCUGCUGGAAGGAGAGGAUUCUUCUCUCUGCGAGGGGUUUUUCUGUCUUUUUCCAGAUGCUGGUAAAAGCCCAGAAGCCCUUGGUGGGACACAACAUGAUGAUGGACCUGCUGCAUCUCCACGAGAAGUUCUUCCGGCCCCUCCCAGAAAGCUACGACCAGUUCAAGCAGAAUAUCCACCACCUGUUUCCUGUUCUCAUUGAUACCAAGAACGUGACAAAGGACGUCUGGAAGGAGCUGAAUUUCCCAAGAGUUUCCAAUCUCUCCGAGGUGUACGAGGUGCUGAGCAGUGACUUGAACCCCACUAAGAAUUCGGGACCUGUGAUUGUUCACUCCAGCAAGUGUGAGAAAUAUGUCGCGACCAAGUACCCCCACGAAGCGGCGUACGAUGCCUUCCUCUGUGGAUCAGUUCUUCUGAAGGUGGCGCACUUGCUCCUCUGGAGGGUGCACGGCAGUGGCCUGACGCUCAAGCCCUCCUUCCCUCGGUACCUGCACGUGCUGGCCCCCUACGUGAACCAGGUGAACCUCAUCCGAGCCGGCGUCCCCAAAAUCAACUUUUCUGGCCCAGAUUACCCGAGCGUCCGUCCCCCCAUCCUCCUCCUCAGCGUCAGGAGGUGGCCUGGCAUCAGUGAGCAGCAGGUGUACCGUGAGUUCCAGAAUCUCUGCAAGUUCGACGUCCGGCGGCUCACGCCCAGCCAGUUCCUGCUGCUCACCAACAAGUUCAAGGAUGCUCGGAACGUCCUGAAGGAGUUCAGGGGCCACCCCACCCUGCGGGUCUCCCUGUACCGGUACUGGAGGCACUCGCCGGACGUGAGCUGCGCGCUACAAGUCUGUGGCAUCAUCACCACCUGGGCCCUCCUCGCGUUUCUCCUCGGAAGAUCUAGCCCCUGAUGGCCACAGCCGCUGCCAUUGUCCGUCUCGGCGCCUCUCGGGUGGCUGUCCUGGGUUCUGCUCGCGUAAAUCAUCGUCCACUUGCGGACGGGUCUGAAAUUUUUUUACGUAUGUGACGUUCUGUAAACACUAUCAACGGUGAAGAAAUCCUUGGUAUAGCACCUGAGUGUGGCCACAGCUUUUCUUUCUGCUAAUGACCGGGGAGAAGUCACCAGCCCUAGGGACUUGAGCCGG